AUGCCAUACUUUUGCUUAGCAAUGUUAUAUUUAUAUAUCCAGAUGGACAAUACCAAGUCAAGACUCCAGGAAUUCCAGUCAGCCUUCUUUUCCAACAAUACCGAUAGAAUCGAAAACUUUCCACACUACUACAUUGUUGAAAACCAUAUAAUGGACAUGAGCGGAGUUCCCAUCGCACCUCGCAAACAACGCGAAGCCGAACUUAAGCAAAUGGCCGCUAAACGACACGCCAAGAAACAAAACGAAACGUUCGAUCGACCACCUAAUCCCAACGUUUCUUCUCCCAAUCACUCAAGUUUCAAACGCAUCCCUUCUACUCCUAAAAAAACUCAUCGUGAUCAAGAUUCCGAAGAAGACAAUUUGAUGACUCCUCCUCACGCUCGAUCCCCAAACACUAUCACCACUGUACCUGUUGUUAUUGUACCUUCAGUCACUCCAGCUCCAGCUCGAGCUCAAACUCCUCAAUUAGUCAACUUAGGCCCAUAUCGAUCUCCACCAUCAGCUACUUCUCCCAGUCCUAAACGCAACAGACUCAACAACUCGCUUCCAGAUCCUUCCCAGCUCGUUAUCGACCCGAACCGAUCAAAACACUUCGCUAAUGACCCCAUUUUAGAUGUUUCACCGCCUACUAAUUCCAACAGAAAAGCUUCAAGAACCCAUAAGAACUCGUCUAAGUCUUUAAUUACUCCAGUUGAAGAAGAAGUUGGUCCUACUUUCAUAUUCAAGACUCCCUUAUCAGUUGAUGAAUAUAAAAAUUUACUUGGUCCUAAGGUAAUCCUCAACAGGGAAGCUGUAUAUCCUUCUGAUGAAGUCGAAUUGUGUAUUUCUUCAAUGUAUUCAGAAGUCUUCAAGCACUUCAAAGGUCGCAUAGCUGUGAAUGAAGAAGAAUUUGAUGAUCGAGCUAAGGUUCUUAGGAAAUUACACUUCAUAGGUAGAAAAGGAUUGGAAAAGCGAAGUUCUCCAUGUAUAAUUCCUGGUCUAGAACUGAACGACUCUGAGGAUUCUUCUACUGGAUCUUCUUCAAAAGGAAAAGGUCGUGCUUAA